AUGACCUUGCUGAAUGUCUGCAUGGUCAUAUCGCCAACUGAUUUCUGUCAGCACUGGCUGAACUUGGAAUCUCCGACCAGAGAUUCCCAGUUUGAACCUGGCAUUAGGGGAUGGAGAUCACAUAUCUUACCUAAAAAUAAAACACAAGUGACGGAGUUUAUUCUUGUGGGCCUCUCUUCUGAUUUGCAGCCAUAUCUUUUCAUGUUUUUCCUUCUUAUCUAUCUCCUUACAUUGACCGGAAAUGUGAUGAUUACUCUGACAAUUACCUUGGAAUCUCAACUUCAGUCUCCAAUGUACCUUUUUCUCCGUAGCUUGUCUGUCACAGAGAUCUUUUAUGUGACAACCACACUUCCUCGCAUGCUAAGAGAUUUCCUGCACAUAGACAAAUCGAUUUCUUUCGCAGGAUGUGCGGCACAACUUUAUUUUUUUAGUUUCCUUGGUGCUGCUGAAUGCUUCAUUCUUGCAUUUAUGGCAUAUGAUCGGUAUUUGGCUAUUUGCCAUCCUCUUCAAUACAUGACUAUUAUGACCAAGAAAAAGUGCUUAUGGCUUUCAGUAGCAUCAUGGUUAGGUGGCAUGUUUCUGCCUAUGGCCAACAUUGUGCUUGUCUUUUGCUUACCAUAUUGUGGCUCCAAUGUUGUAGACCACUUUUUUUGUGAUGUUCUUCCUGUGAUGAGGCUGGCCUGUACAAACACAUUGGCUAAUGAAAUUGGUAUUGUGGUUUAUAGUUUUGUUGUUAUACCCUUACCAUUUUUACUUAUUCUAGUGUCUUAUGUACAUAUCCUUGUAGCUAUAUUUAAAAUCCGUUCAGCUUCUGGGCGCAGCAAAGUAUUUUCCACAUGUGGAUCUCAUCUUACAUCAGUUAGUUUAUUCUAUGGCUCAGCCACUAUAACCUAUAUAAGAACAAAGCCUAUUGAUGCCCAAAAAGGGGCUAAAGCGUUGUCUCUUCUCUACCUGGUUUUUGUACCAAUGUUAAAUCCUUUGAUAUACAGUUUAAGAAAUGCAAAGGUUAAAACAGCAAUGAAAAGAGUAAUUGGCAGACUGUUUCAAUUCCAUAGUUAA